AAUCUAAUAAUAUGGCUUAUUGUCGUCCGAAUCACAAUAUAGAUCGCUUUACUUUUAGACCAGACUAUACCACACGUCCACUUAGCGAAAAAUUUUAUUCUCGCUAUGAAAAAGUGUCUGAAGAGUCUACACCAGAAGUUGUAAAGUACGAAAACGAGAUCGAACGCAUUCGGUGCCGCGAUAUUCGAUACACCAUGAAGUUACCUCGUUAUACGAAUCAAGUGUAUGGCUGGUUGCCCGGGUAUAAAAUACGUUUUUUACAAUAUUGUGAUAAAAAUAUUUACAACAGUCCAACUAUUAAAGAAGUUCUUAAAAAAUUAUAUUUAGAACAUAAAUAUGAUCCAUUGCCACCGUAUCACGAAUGCUCAUGUAAAUUCUUGCGCAAAAAGCCAUGUUUGACUUAA